GACUUGGAGUUUUCACGGGAGUAGUUGUAGUUCUCACACCGGACGGGGUAACUGUCCUGGAAAAACAGGCUCUCGGGAUUGUUUCACGCGUUUGUAAGCGGGAGUUUGGGAGACAGCUGCCGUGGGUGGUCUGGUAUUUGCUUGUUUCUCUCUUGGAUAGUGGUCUAAAGUUGUCACGAUGCCGGUUUUUCACACGAAGACGAUAGAAAGUAUCCUGGAGCCGGUGGCUCAGCAGAUAUCCCAUCUGGUGAUAAUGCACGAAGAAGGUGAAGUUGAUGGGAAAGCUAUUCCGGAUCUUACAGCGCCAGUGGCUGCUGUUCAGGCGGCUGUUAGCAACCUUGUUCGGGUGGGGAAGGACACGGUACAAACCACUGAGGACCAGAUCAUGAAAAGGGACAUGCCACCAGCUUUCAUCAAAGUGGAGAACGCAUGCACAAAGCUUGUGCAGGCUGCCUCCAUGCUGAAAGCUGAUCCUUACUCUGUUCCUGCACGGGAUUACCUCAUCGAUGGCUCCCGGGGCAUCCUCUCCGGGACCUCUGACUUGCUACUGACCUUUGAUGAAGCAGAGGUUCGCAAAAUAAUCCGAGUGUGCAAAGGCAUCCUGGAGUACCUGACAGUGGCAGAGGUGGUGGAGUCUAUGGAGGACCUGAUCACGUACACAAAGAACCUUGGACCAGGGAUGACAAAGAUGGCAAAGAUGAUCGAUGAGCGACAGCAGGAGCUGACCCACCAGGAGCACCGUGUGAUGUUGGUCAACUCCAUGAACACAGUCAAAGAGCUGCUGCCCAUCCUCAUCUCAGGUAUCAAAAUCUUUGUGACAACCAAGACGUCUGGCAGUCAGGGCGUUGAGGAGGCUUUGAAGAACCGUAACUUCACUUUUGAGAAGAUGAGUGCCGAGAUAAACGAGAUCAUCAGAGUGCUGCAGCUCACCUCCUGGGAUGAGGACGCCUGGGCUAACAAGGACACAGAGGCCAUGAAGAGGGCUCUGGGGCUCAUCGACUCAAAGAUGGCUCAGGCGAAGAACUGGCUGAGGGAUCCAAACGCUCAACCAGGGGAUGCAGGUGAGCAGGCUAUCCGCCAGAUCCUGGAUGAAGCUGGGAAAGUUGGUGAGCUGUGUGCCGGGAAGGAGCGCAGGGAUAUUCUGGGAACGGCCAAGACUCUGGGGCAAAUGACCGACCAGGUGUCUGAGAUGAGGGCUAGAGGUCAGGGCGCAUCUCCAGCAGCCAUGCAGAAGGCCCAGCAGGUCUCCCAGGGGCUUGACGUCUUAACCGGCAAGGUGGAAAACGCUGCACGCAAGCUGGAGGCCAUGACUAAUUCCAAACAGGUCAUCGCCAAGAGGAUCGAUGCUGCACAGAACUGGCUGGCAGACCCCAAUGGCAGCCCAGAAGGAGAGGAGAACAUCAAGGCUCUGCUGACCGAGGCCAAAAAGAUUGCAGACAUGUGUGAGGACCCCAAAGAAAGGGAGGACAUCUUGCGCUCUAUUGGAGAGAUUGCCGCCAUGACUGCCAAGCUGUCUGAUCUCAGACGACAGGGUAAAGGUGACACUCCCGAGGCCAGAGCUUUGGCUAAACAGAUCGCCACCGCUCUGCAGAACCUGCAGUCCAAGACCAACAAAGCUGUGGCCAACAGCAGGCCUGCGAAGGCAGCUGUUCAUUUGGAAGGGAAAAUUGAGCAGGCACAGCGCUGGAUUGACAAUCCAACCAUGGAUGACAGUGGUGUGGGCCAGGCAGCCAUCCGCGGGCUGGUGGCAGAGGGCCGCAGGCUGGCGAACGCUCUGCCCGGACCGUACAGGCAGGAGAUGCUGGGGAAGUGCGAGCAGGUGGAGCAGCUCAUGGCCCAGCUGGCCGACCUGGCUGCCCGCGGCGAAGGGGACUCCCCUCAGGCUCGUGCUGUGGCUCAGCAGCUCCAGGAGGCUUUGAAAGAACUUAAAGGGAAGAUGCAGGAGGCGAUGACUCAGGAGGUGUCAGACAUCUUCAGUGACACAACAACUCCCAUCAAGUUACUGGCAGUGGCUGCCACUGCCCCUCUGGACGCCCCCAACAGAGAUGAGGUCUUCGACGAGCGGGCUGCCAACUUUGAGAAUCACGCCAACAAGCUUGGCGCCACAGCAGAGAAGGCUGCUGCUGUCGGCACUGCCAACAAGAGCACGGUGGAAGGAAUCCAGGCGGCCGUCAAGUCAACGAGAGACUUAACACCACAAGUGGUAUCUGCUGCUCGUAUUCUGCUGAGAAAUCCUGGCAACCAAGCUGCGUAUGAACAUUUUGAAACCAUGAAGAAUCAGUGGAUUGACAACGUGGAGAAAAUGACAGGUUUGGUGGAUGAAGCCAUCGACACCAAAUCUCUCCUGGAUGCCUCAGAGGAGGCCAUCAAGAAAGACUUGGACAAGUGCCGUGUGGCCAUGGCCAACCAUCAGCCUCAGAUGCUGGUCGCCGGUGCCACCAGCAUCGCUCGCAGAGCCAAUCGUAUCCUCCUGGUCGCAAAACGAGAGGUGGAGAACUCUGAAGAUCCUAAAUUCAGGGAGAUGGUGAAGGCUGCAUCUGAUGAGCUGAGCCAGACAAUUUCUCCCAUGGUGAUGGACGCUAAGGCUGUGGCUGGAAAUAUUCAGGAUCCAAGCCUGCAGAAAGGCUUUCUGGACUCUGGUUAUAAGAUACUUGGUGCUGUAGCAAAGGUCAGAGAGGCAUUCCAGCCUCAGGAGCCAGACUUCCCACCUCCUCCGCCUGAACUGGAUCAGCUUAACCUUAAUGAUGAAGCAGCACCACCCAAACCUCCUCUUCCUGAGGGUGAAGUUCCUCCACCAAGGCCUCCUCCCCCAGAGGAGAAGGAUGAGGAGUUCCCUGAACAGAAGGCUGGUGAUGUGGUCAAUGAGCCCAUGAUGGUGGCUGCCAGGCAGCUUCACGAUGAAGCCCGCAAAUGGUCCAGCAAAGGAAAUGACAUCAUCGGUGCUGCCAAACGUAUGGCUUUGCUCAUGGCUGAGAUGUCACGUCUGGUGCGUGGAGGCAGUGGUAACAAAAGAGCCCUCAUCCAGUGCGCCAAGGACAUCGCUAAGGCCUCUGACGAGGUCACUCGGCUGGCCAAGGAGGUGGCGAAGCAGUGUACUGAUAAGCGUAUCAGGACCAACCUGCUCCAGGUGUGUGAGCGUAUCCCCACCAUCAGCACUCAGCUUAAAAUCCUGUCCACAGUCAAGGCCACCAUGUUGGGUCGCACCAACAUCAGUGAAGAGGAGUCAGAGCAGGCUACUGAGAUGCUGGUCCACAAUGCUCAGAACCUGAUGCAGUCCGUGAAGGAGACGGUCAGGGAGGCCGAGGCAGCUUCCAUCAAGAUCCGAACAGAUGCAGGUUUCACCCUCCACUGGGUCAGGAAGACCCCUUGGUACCAGUAAUCUAAGGGCUCCUGAUGCUCUGCUUCCUGCUGGUUCUAUCCAGCCGUCCAGGAGGACAUUGAAUGGACAGAAAUAUAUUUUAGCAGAGCUAUGAUAUCAGUGCCCCUAACUCUAAUACUGUAUGGGCGAAGCUUCUCUAUUAGUCCCACGUCCUGUCUGUAACAGUUGCUGUUCUGGUAGAAUGUAAAGGAUGGGACUAUCAGUGCGAGUUAAGGGUUAAAUUCUGACUGGGAAGCUUUUUUUUUUUUUCUAAAGUGUGUAAAAAAUUUGUUAAAUCCCAGGAAUAUAUAUGUUUUGAUUAGAGGUUGGAUUACAUAAAACAUAAUGUUUAUUUUGGCCUCUUCUAGACUUUAACGUUAAGACUAUUCUGUAUCUGUAAACUGCUAACUUUACCAUCACAUUGUUCAUUCACCUUCGCUUGGUUAAGCACAUGAACUUGAGGAGUUGUUAUAAGUACAACACAAGCCGACACGCAAACUAUAUUCAGUGGUUAUCUGCCUGUUUACACUAUUAUAUGAUUGAAAGAGAAACACUGUUCAUUAUUUUACAUAAUGUUAUGCAAUUGUAGCAACCUUUGUUUUCUUAAAGAGUUCAGCCAAAGACAUUGUGCCAUGAUCUCUGAAAGUAUACUUUCUUUGGUCAGCAAUACUUUUGAAUGAGUUUAAGGGCUAGCUUUUCUUUAGACAAGCUAAUAAGUAAAGUAAGUACAACUUUUAAAAACAGCAGCUUACUCUUCCUUAGUAUGGUUUAUGUGUCAUGUUUUGCUUUGAGAUUACAAGUGCUUGUGCUUAAGUAUGAGGCCUUAUCGCCAAAACGAAUUUUUACAGCGAGCUAACAAAGCUAAGCCGUCUUUAGAGAGGCACUUCUUGACUGCUGUUUUUUUCUCAUGAAUGUUGUGCACAAUCAUGUCUUGUAAUAUAUGAAUAGCACACUUCUAGGUAGUCAAGGGAAUGACCAUUUUAGAGAUAGAGCACAGUGUCAUCUGCAUCUGGUAAAAUCUUCAUUUUAUGUCUUGAUACACUAAACAGAACUGGCCACCUUUUGUGGGAACUGUAUUUGAUAUUUUGAAAGGUCUGAAGACCGUUGGUUGUGAAUGUGUCUUUUUUGAGUAUCUAAUACCAACUGAUGUGCCUUUGUGAAAGAAACUUUAUUUGCAAUUGAUACAGUUUUCAUUUUGAGAUGUUUUGUAUCAUUUGUACAAGGUAUGGUGGUGUUGAUUUGUUCAAAACACUUGUUGUACAUGAUUCUUCUAGAAAGAUACAUCCGCUUCAUGACUUAAACUUUAAGUCAGAGUAUGCUCUAUGCAAAACCUGAAUAAAUUUCAUUUAAAACAAUAUCAAAAUUAUGCAACUUAGUUGGGCUUAAACGGGCCUGAACUACAUUUUUCUGAGGCAUCGUUCACAAUUUUGUAAUAAAGCAUUUUAUAGCA